GGCCACUUCUUCGGCCUCUCUAACCCUACCACGCCUCUUCGAAGUUUAGGACUGCUUUUGCUACUCUCCUUCAUUUUCAUUUUUCUCUGCCCCUUUUGCUCGAGAUCGUGAGACGAUUUCCUCCAACACACCAUGGCCGAGGCAGAGACAUUCGCCUUUCAGGCUGAGAUCAAUCAGCUACUGAGUUUGAUCAUCAACACCUUCUAUAGUAACAAGGAGAUCUUUCUUCGAGAGCUCAUCAGUAAUGCUUCCGAUGCUCUGGACAAAAUUCGGUUUGAGAGCUUGACAGACAAGAGCAAGCUGGAUGCACAGCCGGAGCUCUUCAUCCAUAUCGUUCCUGAUAAGACCAACAACACUAUAUCCAUUAUUGACAGUGGCAUUGGCAUGACGAAGUCUGAUCUGGUGAACAAUCUUGGUACCAUUGCAAGGUCUGGAACCAAGGAGUUCAUGGAAGCGUUAGCUGCUGGUGCUGAUGUGAGCAUGAUUGGGCAGUUUGGUGUUGGAUUUUACUCAGCUUACCUUGUUGCUGAGAAGGUUAUUGUUACAACGAAGCACAAUGAUGAUGAACAAUACGUUUGGGAAUCUCAGGCUGGUGGGUCCUUCACUGUCACCAGGGAUGCCUCUGGCGAGAGCCUUGGUAGGGGUACGAAGAUCACUCUCUUCCUUAAGGAAGACCAAUUGGAGUACCUUGAGGAGCGUCGGCUCAAGGAUUUGAUCAAGAAACACUCAGAGUUUAUUAGCUACCCCAUCUCCCUCUGGAUUGAGAAGACCACUGAGAAAGAGGUUUCAGAUGAUGAGGAUGAAGAAGAGAAGAAAGAUGAGGAAGGAAAAGUGGAGGAUGUAGAUGAAGAGAAAGAAAAGGAAGAAAAGAAAAAGAAAAAAGUCAAAGAAGUUUCUCAUGAAUGGUCCUUAGUGAACAAACAAAAGCCUAUCUGGAUGAGGAAACCUGAAGAGAUCACAAAGGAAGAGUAUGCUGCAUUCUACAAGAGCCUUACUAAUGACUGGGAGGAGCACUUGGCUGUUAAGCACUUUUCAGUUGAGGGACAGCUUGAGUUUAAGGCCAUCUUGUUUGUUCCAAAGAGGGCCCCCUUUGAUCUCUUUGACACCAGGAAGAAGCCUAACAACAUCAAGCUCUAUGUUCGACGUGUCUUCAUCAUGGACAACUGUGAAGAGCUGAUGCCAGAGUAUCUGGGCUUUGUGAAAGGCAUUGUUGACUCUGAGGAUCUUCCCCUGAACAUCUCCAGGGAAAUGCUGCAGCAGAACAAAAUCCUCAAGGUCAUCCGCAAAAACCUGGUAAAGAAGUGCAUUGAGCUUUUCUUUGAGAUUGCUGAGAAUAAGGAAGAUUACAACAAGUUCUAUGAGGCCUUCUCAAAGAACCUCAAGCUUGGGAUACAUGAGGACACACAGAACAAGGCAAAACUUGCUGAGUUACUGAGGUACCACUCUACCAAGAGUGGAGAUGAGAUGACUAGCCUGAAGGACUAUGUGACAAGGAUGAAGGAAGGCCAGAAUGAUAUAUACUACAUUACUGGUGAGAGCAAGAAGGCUGUUGAGAACUCUCCAUUCCUUGAAAAGUUGAAGAAGAAGGGGUAUGAGGUCCUCUUCAUGGUUGAUGCCAUUGAUGAGUAUGCUGUUGGUCAGCUGAAGGAGUUUGAAGGGAAGAAGCUUGUCUCUGCAACCAAGGAGGGUCUGAAGCUAGAUGAAAGUGAGGAUGAGAAAAAAAAGAAAGAGGCUUUGAAGGAGAAGUUUGAGGGUCUGUGCAAGGUAAUCAAGGAUGUCUUAGGUGACAGGGUUGAGAAGGUUGUGGUUUCAGAUCGUGUGGUGGAUUCUCCUUGUUGUUUGGUCACCGGGGAGUAUGGAUGGACGGCCAACAUGGAAAGGAUCAUGAAGGCACAAGCACUAAGGGAUUCGAGCAUGGCUGGCUACAUGUCUAGCAAAAAGACUAUGGAAAUUAACCCGGAAAACCCCAUCAUGGAAGAGCUCAGGAAGAGGGCUGAUGCUGAUAAGAAUGACAAGUCUGUGAAAGACUUGGUUCUAUUAUUGUUUGAGACUGCUCUUCUUACUUCAGGUUUCAGUCUUGACGACCCAAAUACGUUUGGCAGCAGAAUCCACAGGAUGUUGAAGCUGGGACUAAGCAUUGACGAGGAAGGAGGUGAAGCUGAUGCAGACACUGAUAUGCCCCCUCUUGAAGAUGCGGAUGCAGAGGGUAGCAAGAUGGAGGAGGUCGACUGAAAUCUGCAACCUCUCUAAUUCAGUUUCAAAUCUAUAAGUAUUUUUCAUAAUGUUUUUUUUUUAUGUUUUUAAUCUGCAACCUUUCUAAUUGAGUUGGGAAGAGCUUCAGUCCAGUGGUUGUUUUUGCUUUGUUAAUAGCUCUUCUAGUUUACGAGAUAGGCAACAAAUCUAGGCGCAUAGGCCUUCACUUUUUAAGUUUAAUGAUGACAUACAUUUUGUUUUGUUUUGUCGUUGCAAACUUGAAAUUGGCUCAUUUCUACUUUUCUUCUA